ACUAAAAAGGUGGCAAAUCAAAACAGAAGCGGUUAUCAAGAUCACCUUGUUUUAGCAACUUCUCUUGAUUUAUCAAAUGACGUGUUUUUUAAGUCCAAGUACAUCCAAGGUUUAUAACAGUUUAGCGUUAGCAAAGAUAAUUAAGGGAGUGAGUGAGGUUGAAACUUGAAAUUGGAGAAGAUGAGCAAUUCAGCAAAGAGUCAAGGCCCUUUGAUCGUCUCGUUCGGAGAGAUGCUUAUUGAUUUCGUGCCUGAUGUUGCUGGCGUUUCCUUGGCUGAAUCAUCUGCUUUCAUCAAAGCUGCUGGUGGUGCACCUGCUAAUGUUGCAUGUGCCAUCGCUAAGCUCGGGGGCGUCUCUGCCUUCAUUGGCAAGGUUGGAGAAGAUGAGUUUGGACGCAUGUUGGUGGAUUUGUUGAAGAAGAAUGGGGUGAACUGCGAUGGAGUCUGCUUCGAUAAACAAGCCAGGACCGCCCUGGCAUUCGUCACACUCAAGACCGAUGGGCAAAGAGAAUUCAUGUUUUACAGAAACCCCAGCGCGGAUAUGUUGUUGAAGGACUCAGAGCUAAAUAUGGGGCUCAUCAAGAAAGCUAAGAUAUUCCAUUAUGGAUCCAUAAGCCUGAUAUCAGAGCCAUGCAAAUCAGCUCAUAUGGCAGCCAUGAAAGCGGCCAAGGAGGCCGGUGUUUUGCUUUCCUAUGACCCCAAUGUGCGCUUGCCUUUGUGGCCUUCUCCCCAGGCUGCUAGAGAUGGGAUCAAGAGCAUUUGGAACCAGGCUGAUUUCAUCAAGGUUAGUGAUGAUGAGGUGGCCUUCCUCACUCAAGGAGAUCCUGAAAAAGAAGAUGUUGUUUUGUCUUUAUGGAAUGACAAUUUCAAGUUGCUCAUUGUAACCGAUGGACCAAAGGGUUGUAGAUACUUCACCAAGAGUUUCAAAGGAAGGGUGAAUGGUUUCAAGGUGAAAACAAUCGACACGACUGGAGCUGGGGAUGCUUUUGUUGGCGCACUUCUAUAUUGUAUAGCCAAUGAUACAAAAAUCUUCAAUGAUGAACAGAAACUGAAGGAGGCUCUGCUCUUUGCCAAUGCUUGUGGAGCAAUUUCUACUAUUCAAAAAGGAGCCAUCCCAUCGCUUCCAGACAAGUUACAAGCUCAACAACUCAUCAAGUCUUAAAGCC